AUGGUAUUCAAUUCUAAAUGGUUUGACUUAUAUAAUGGAACUAUUGUUAAUCAUUUAGCUAGUGCAUGUUUUGAUCAUGUUCCUCUGUUAGCACAUUUUAAAUCUACUUCUGACCAGUUUGUGAGGUAUUUUAAAUUCCUCAAUUUCUUGACUGAUCAUGAAGGAUUCAUGGAAGUCAUUAACAAUAUUUGGGAUGAUGCAUGCUUUGGUAAUCCCAUGUGGAAUCUGCACCAUAAGCUAAAGUUAACUGCCUCCAAACUUAGCACAUGGUCCAGAGAAACAUUUGGAGAUAUCCAUGAAGAGCAUAAAAGACUAGAAAGUGAGUUGAUUAGGCUUGAAGGUUUAAUGAUCUCUGAUAAUGAUGGAGCUGGAAGAUCCAAUCUCAACAAAACUAGAGCGGACUAUAUAAAGUAUCUUAAAAUCCAAGAUGCUAUUCUUAGACAGAAAGCAAGGGUGAAGUGGUUCACUGAAGGUGAUUCUAACUCAGCUUACUUUCAUAAUGUCAUUAAGGACAUGCGAAAAAGAUUGAGCAUCAACAAGAUUCAGGAUGAGAAUUAUCAAUGGGUAGAAGGGACUAAAGAGGUAUCUGAAGCCGCUAUUAGAUACUUUCAGGGUAUCUUCUGUGAAGAACCUGAAGUUAAUAAUUACUCCGACCUUCAUGACAUUGACCCCAUAAUCACAUAG